GUCUCCCGCGCGCGAACUGGCUCUCAGAAAGCGAACGAUCGUCAUGCGGGGCUUCCUGUUCGCGUUGGGGCUGGCGGUCGCGGCCGGCUCCUCGCUCGAUCGUCUGCUAGGGGUGCUGCAGGUGCCCUCGCCGCCCCCCCGCCUGCCCCGGAACGCGCCGCCCCGGUACAUGCUGGACCUGUACAAGUCGGUGACGGCCCCGGACGGCCUAACGCUCUCGCCUACCCCACACAGUGCCAAUGUGGUGCGCUGCUACGCGGAUCGCGAAUCAAGACACCAUUCCCGUUUUCUUUUCAAUAUCUCAUCCGACAAAACAGACAAGCUACUAGAAGCUGAAUUUCAUAUUUAUAAAUUAAAAUCCAGAGCUAAAGAUCUGAGGAAAGUGAAAGUGUUAAAGUCUCAACUAUUACAGGUGAAAGUGUAUCAAGCUCUCCCGCCAUCCAAGACGAAGAGAAAGCGGAGGAAGAGAUUACUGGAGACGCGGCGGAUUAGUGUCCAUUCCACUGGAUGGGAGAUUUUCUCUGUCAAGGUGGCAGCAGCAGAAUGGAUCGCCGACAGCGCCACCAAUCUCGGCUUAACCUUGAGUGUCCGAGGACUGGAGGAUGAAUCGGUGCCCAAAGGACUCGUGCGAUUCGCCAAAGGGAACCGCUCUGACAAACAACCACUGCUCGUGCUGUUCAUGGACGACAGCAGGCAUUCGAGUGGGAACUUCCCUGGUUUUGCAAAUGACUACAACAGCUAUCAACUGCCUGGCAAACCCGGUAUGGAACUUCCUCGUGCCAAACGAGGAAACGGUGUCCCUCCAGCUCUAAGCAACGCGGGAGCCAGCAAAGAUGGUUCCUGUUCCAGACAUGACUUGUACAUCGACUUCGAGCGCAUAGGAUGGUCUGCUUGGAUCAUCAGCCCGAAAGGCUAUAGUGCCUACCAGUGCAAGGGAACGUGCCACUUCCCAUUGGGCCAAAACCAGAAGCCCACCAACCAUGCCACGAUUCAAAGCAUAGCCCACGAACUCGGAUUGGCUGAUGCCGUGCAUUUGCCUUGUUGUGUGCCGGACAGAUUGCUGUCCAUCUCGCUGCUUUACUUUGACGAACAUGAAAACGUGAUACUAAAACAGUAUGACGACAUGGUGGCAGCCAGUUGCGGUUGCCACUGAAGACUUGCUGAGUUUGAUAAAUAUUCUACGCAAUAACUCGCAUUUCGUGGGACAGGUUGAUAGUAUAGAUUGAGGUGCGCAUUGACUCAAGCAGAUAUCUUUCUCUGCACAUUGGAUAUCUGCUCAUUAAGUGCGAAGCUCCCAACGACAGAAAGGCGGAAAAUUUCGCAUCCCAUGAGGAAGGCUUGUGACAUCACGCGUCCAGUCUGUUUGUAGAUGCAAGUGUUAUCCAGGAGACAAGUCAAAUGUACCACCUCUGAUAAUUUUAUCAUCCAUUGUUUGGUUGUUUAAAAUAUUUGCUAUUUUCAGUGAGAUUUUUGCCAAUACAUUCUACAUUUCCAACUAUCUGAACUAAUCACGUAAAGUUUUACCUUUGCAGAUUCUGUAAAUGAGUCAGAUUCGACUCUUUGGGGUGCAGUAUUUCAGAAAAUAAAAUACA